AUGUCAGAACUGCAUUUCAAGAUUUUGAUCCCGAAUGUUGCAGCCGGGGCAAUCAUUGGCAAAAGAGGAGAGGCUGUCGAAACAAUUAAACGCCAGACUGGGGCGAAACUCAAAAUGUCCCGGGCGAACGACUUCUAUCCAGGAACCACUGAAAGAGUUUGUGUGAUUAUUGGCACUCUCGAAUCAUGCAUGAAACUGCAUGACUACGUGAUGAAUAAAAUUAACGAGCGACCACAAAAUAUAACCAUAAUAACUCCUACAGGAAUUAAUUGUGUGGAGCGCCACAAACAAGUUAAAAUUCUGGUUCCAGACAGUACUGCUGGUAUUAUUAUUGGGAAGCAUGGUUGUUUUAUUGAAAAAAUAAAAAAAGAGAGUUGUGCUUUCAUUCAAGUUUCUCAAAGACCGAAGGACAUUAGACUUUUCGAGCGAUGUGUUGUAAUAACUGGUGAAUUAGAAGAGAGAAGAAAGGCGGUGGAAAUGAUAAUGCACAAAAUGCUUGAAGAUCCUGAUUUACCUUGUUUUUCGAAUUGUUCUUACUCUCAAAUCACAGAGCCGGUUGCUAGCGCGUUCUCAAUAGGUUCUCCGUUCGCAAUGGUCUACCAGCCUUCAGUAAAUUCGAAUGGUUUGGAUUUAAAUUUCGUCAGAAAUCCCGCCAUUUCUGUUCCAAAUUUCUCUGAUAAUAGUUUACCAAACUUAACGUCAGAAUCUGGAGAGUAUGCGUCGAUCCAAAACCAAUUUGGUCAGUUUCAUCAUAAUCAGUCCAUACCACUACCAUAUGCCAAUAUUGCGUCUGGUACAGUGAAUCACCUUCUCACGUCAGCUGACCAACCUUUAACACUGAAUAAUGCUAAUCAUAUUGUUAGUUUGCCGCGAUGUAACACUGGUAGUCAUCCGUUCAUAAUACAACCGAAUUUGAUUGAUCAAUCAAAAUCCCUCCAUUCUGACGUGACUUUAAAUCAAACGAUGUAUCUGGGACAUCCUACGGUUCAUUGUCAAGAUUGCCUGCUACGUACAUGUGGUGCGCAAAAUUUUAUCCCACAAUGCCCUAUGAAAUUGAAUGAACAGAUUACCUUGGCGCCGCCACCAUUAGCAUUUACAAACCAGCCAACUGCAGAAACGAAGGUGAAUAACGAAUCCAACUUAUUUGUGUCAAAUAGUCAACUGGGUGAUAGAAGUCUGGCAGUGGUUGGAAGUGAAAGAGAACAUACUGUACCUUUCAUAAUACCUGGUGAUACUAUCUCGUCUCAUUCUCGCUAUCUGAGCGGAGAAUCAGUUGAUUCCGCUUUGACAGAAAGUCUGCUCAGUGUCAAGUUGCAGUCAUCUACAGAGGACUUUAUGACCGAUCUCUUUCAGCCUCAACAACAAAUCCAUCAUCAGAUAUCACACGUUCAUACAGUCAUGUCCCCUGAAUCAGUCUAUUCAGUUGCUUCAAGUACUCAAAAAUCCAGAGGCUCUUUGUGUAACUCUAAUCAAAGUUUAUUAAUCGAUUCUCAGAAAUCUGAUUAUCAGACUUUAUUUGUACCAAAUGAUAGUUACAAUCGAUUUUUGCCAGGUCAAAAUAAAUCGUCAGAAUUCACAUACUUACCUAGCGGUUAUUAUGGGCCUGGUGUUGGCGGUGUUCUUCUAGUUGGUACUGUACCACAACUUCAUAAUGCUCUUCACUUAUUAGAAUGGCAAGCGAAACAACAACCAGCAAGCAAUAUAAUACCUGGAACAGGGAUUGCAAGUACAGAUCAAACAAAUGGGACAUUCAACUCUUAUACUCCAGCAUCAUCCUUAGAACAAACAAUUGCAGCACCAUUAUCAGUAUGUAGGAAUGAUACAGACCAUCUAGCCUACACAACGUCGUUUGGUUCAAAUGUAUCUUUAAAGCUGGAUACCAUUCAACCAUUAUCAAUGCCUAAACAUCUGACCCAAUUGAGCCUACAUCAUGUACCGGUUAAUCAGUAUUAAGGGGAAGAAGGCAAAUCCACUAUUUAUAUGUAUGUAUGAUGUCACCAGCAGUAAUGUCAUUAUUUUUUAUUAUUUCUCUGCACAUCUUUUUUUCUUUCCUUUCGUAAUAUUAAGUUUUGUAAUUCUCUUUCUCUGCUGCCAUAAUCUAUGUUUUCAUUUAGGUACACUGUCGCUUCAUUUGUGUCUUGGUACCUUAAUAAAUUUGUUUAAAUUUGAUUUUUGGUAAAGUGAUUUAUUUCCUUAUACCUUUGUACUUUUUUUUCUUUGAUUUCCUGUUUUAUAAAUUACCCCCGGUGUUAUCUAUAAAAGGAGUAGGCCUAAUACCUUCCUUACAGUAUAUAUAUAUAUAGUUUUACUAUUAUAAUACCUGUUUUAUGUACACAAAUAAUGCAGCCCGCUGUGUCGACUUCGAUAGUAAGUUGCAGAAUUAUAGAAUUGUUCCACGGAUUUUUGAAAUAUGUACUCAUUUUUUCCUGAAAACAGUUUGUAUUUGUUUAGUGAGAAAGUUAUAGAUGUGCACAGAUAUUAUUAUUAUUAUUAUUAUCAUUAUUAUUAUUAUUAAUAAUAAACUAUCGGAGUGUAUUUCAGAAGGAAUUGUUUUUCAAACUUUUGCAUUUGCUUUAUAAAUUAUUCUAUCAUAACUUUGUUUUUUUUUUAAUUCUUAAAGAAGUAUAACUGUCUAUUAUUAUUAUUAUUAUUAUUAUUAUUAUUAUUAUUAUUAUUAUUAUUAUUUAUCGCCUAAAUGGUGAAAGCGCUCAUUCUUUUUUUCUUUUGUUGCCUUAUAUUGUACACGAUACCUUCUUUUUAUGUUUUGUUCAACUAGUUUUUUGCUACCAACAGUUUAUAUUACACAUAUAGACGUGUUAUAUGUCUUUAAUUUUGGUUUAGUUAGAUCCCGGUUAGUACAUUUCAGUACACAUCAACAUCUAAAGCAAAUUUGUUGAACAUUUGUUUUACGAAAAUCUCUCUUUUCUUCGGUUGUCGUUAAAAUAUAUUUACUGUUGUUUCACCUUCAUCCUAUUUAUCUACUUAUUUACUAAUGCUGUUUGUCAUUUUUUUUAAAAAUUGAAAUUUAUAUUCAAAAUAUUUGCAUUUAUGUAUGUUUAAAAAUUGUGCCAUGAGAAGAUGAUUGCUUGAAAUAAGAAGGAUAAAUUGAACUGUUUAUUAUUAUUAUUAUUAUGUAUUUUUAUUGACUGAAUAUUUGAAGUAUGGAUUACUCGUUUUCAUAUAUUACACUGUUACGGAAGAGGAUAUAAGGUUAUUGCAGAACAAAUUUGCCACACAUUGUUUCAUAUACUGAAAUUGGUGGUAGCGAGGUGGCGGUCGAUUACUGUUUGAAUAUUCUCAGGUAGAGUUGGUCUAGGUACUACGUGUUUAGAGGAACGCUCUGUAAUCAGAUUCGGUGUCACGCUUGAAACUACUUUAAAGGUGUUUCAUUCAUCAACUUUCUUUUACACAACUGGAAUAUUUCUUGUGGUGUUUGCUAUACUGUGCGCGAAAACACCUCACCUUACUGUUACAUAAACAUUUUUUUAAUCGAAAACGAUUGGUAUCGUGGUGUGUAGGUGUUGGUGUUGUCAACUUCCAUUUUUUUAUUAUUAUUAUUAUAAUUUUCACCAUCAGUUUUAUUGUUUUGAAUAUUCUGUUUUCUUUUCAUAUUUAUUUGUUAAACUUUUAGAAAAUAAAUAAUUUUCUUGUUUCCUUUUUUCCUAAAAGAAACAUUUAUUUGAUAAUAUCAAACAUUUGAGGUUGUAUCUAUUCACAUUUAUUUUGGAUUGGUAAAUUUUAUAUUACAUAUAUCAAUAAUAGAAAUAAACAUUUUAUAGAUAUUCUCUAACAAGUCCUUGUUCUUGUUUUUGCCAUUUAUGAUUGUUGUAUAUAUAUUUUUUGCAAGUAACUGUUUGUUUGUCAUUCUCAUUGUCAAUUGUUUAACUUUG